CCCGGGAAGCGCGAGCCCCCGCAGUCCAGGACUAAGCUGUCAGCUCUCGUGCUCGCAUCUCGCGAGCGUUCGGGUCUCUGGUAGAGGAGGCGGCGGCGGUGGCGGCGGCGGUGGUUCCCGCGCGCUCCGGGUCUCUGAGGCUGAGGGUACUGCGGGGCUGACUAGAACAGAGACAAUGUUUCGAGCAGCGGCGCCUGGGCAGCUCCGGCGGGCGGCCUCAUUGCUCCGUUUUCAGAGUACCUUGGUAAUAGCUGAGCAUGCAAAUGAUUCCCUAGCACCCAUUACUCUAAAUACUAUCACUGCAGCUGGACGUCUUGGAGGUGAAGUGUCCUGCUUAGUAGCUGGAACCAAGUGUGACAAGGUGGUACAGGAUCUAUGUAAAGUAGCUGGCGUAGCAAAGGUUCUGGUGGCUCAGCAUGAUGCAUACAAAGGCCUUCUUCCAGAGGAACUCACACCAUUGAUUUUGGAAACUCAGAAGCAGUUCAGUUACACACACAUCUGUGCUGGAGCGUCUGCUUUUGGAAAGAACCUUCUGCCCAGAGUAGCUGCCAAACUUAAUGUUGCUCCAGUUUCUGACAUCAUUGAGAUCAAGUCACCUGACACAUUUGUGAGAACUAUCUAUGCAGGAAAUGCGUUGUGUACAGUAAAGUGUGAUGAGAAAGUAAAGGUGUUUUCUGUUCGAGGAACAUCUUUUGAGGCUGCAGCAACAAGUGGAGGUAGUGCUAGUUCAGAAAAGGCACCAAGUUCUUCAUCAGUGGGAAUAUCAGAGUGGCUUGACCAGAAAUUGACAAAAAGUGACCGACCAGAACUAACUGGUGCCAAAGUGGUGGUAUCUGGUGGUCGGGGUUUGAAGAGUGGAGAGAACUUUAAACUGCUGUAUGACCUGGCAGAUCAACUACAUGCUGCAGUUGGUGCUUCCCGAGCUGCUGUUGAUGCUGGCUUUGUUCCCAAUGACAUGCAAGUUGGUCAGACAGGAAAAAUAGUAGCUCCAGAAGUGUUCUUACCAACUGGUUCACCUCCCCAGCCUCUACAGAUUCUCAGAAGAUUCUGUUGUUUGAAAUCAUGAACAAUCAUUAAAUUAUUUCUCUGAUAUUUGUCAGGCUCAUUGGAUUUUAUUAUGAUUUAUUACUUGUUGGAGUUCAGAGUUUUAAGUUUAAGUCUUGAUGUAUUUGGGUGUAGUUAUUCUUCUGGAUUGCACUCAGUGAUCUGUUUGAUUAAUAUGACCUGACCUUCCGAACCAUCCAAACACAUAGGCAUGUUGUAAUCGUUAGAGAAUCUACUAUUUGUUGCCAGAGGCCGUGUCCUUACACUUAGUACAGCAUCUUCAUACGUGUGGAUUACUUUGCCUAUAUUUUGAUAUUUUACUGACAAAUCAACUUCUGAGUUUAUAAUUCUGAGAUUAAGUGAAUAAGAUCAAAGUUACCAAAUGAGUAAGCAGUUUAGGAGAAUUUACCAAGACAGUACAUUUUAUUUCUGACCUUUGUUUUGAAAUUUUGAUAGCAUUGAAAAGUCAGUGUGGAAACAAACUUUCUCGAGUUAUUUGUAUACAACAGGGAAUGAGUUUAUGGGAUGGGCUGCCCUCUAACUUGCUAAAAAGCUAAGAUUGACAACUGCUUUCAUACUGCAUUAUCUAGCUUGGCUUUUAGCUCUAAGAGAACUGUGUUCACAAAUUGAUGUGCUUUUCCUUUGGGGUUGGUAUAGAAGCAUUAAAUUGUACUAAAAUAUUCAUAUGUGAGUGCAUUUGGCUGAAAGCAAUUGAUGUUCUGUCCCCAAGAGGACAAAGAGAAAUGCUGUGUGGACCCGCAGUCCAGAAAACACCCUAAGCAUGCUUCUUAAAAGGUAAUUACAAGGCCUAGAUGAUCAAAGCCCUUACAAGGAAGCUUAAGUGACAAAGAGAAGGUGCAGCAUUUGUAGGUUGUGGUUUGCAUGUAUACGUUGUUCAGUUGUGCAGUUGCCAAAAAUUAGUAGUUCUAUUUAUAUCUUUGGUUUAUUUUCUCAGCUAAAAUUUAUCAGGCUGACUUCUUUACAGUUAUUCCAGAAUGCUUGGAUUAGUGGGAUUUUUUUUCCCAUGACUACUUUAUUAUAAAAAAUCAAACUAUUUAAAUUUCAAAGACUAUUAUAUGUAUUCAUUUCCCCCUUUCUGUCCCAUUUAUCUGCUUAAAAGCUACUGAAUGAUAGAUUGACAUGUCUUGUACAUAGUCAACCUAAUUUAACAGCUGACAUGAAAAUCAAUUAGAGUAGAUAGCAAAUCUACUUAAGCCAUCUUGAAAUGAUAACCUGAAAGGGAUAAAACUUGUAAAUUUCCAUUCUGAAAACCAACACAGUAUAGUUUGUGGUCUUUCAUAUAAAAAUGAAUUUAUUUUUUGUGUAUGACUUCAAGUUAAUAUUUAUGUAUUUGAAUGUCAAAGAAUAAGACGCUGUACCAGAUAGAAGUACAGCCAAUGGAUUUAGUACAUUCAGUAUUCAGAUUUGCUUUGAGGCCAAAGAAAUACACACACACACACACACACACACACACACACACACACACACACACACACAGUUUAAAGACAAGUAUGGUGCCAUACCCCUGUAGUGCCAUACCCUCACUUAGGAGACAGAGGCAGAUUCAAGAUUCAGAUACUCAAGGCAAAUUCAGGAUGCAUAGAGCCAGGUUAGCCGUGUCAUAGAGCAAGAGCAAGACCCUGUUUCAGGAAACCAAACUGAAAAAGCAAAAAAAAAAAAAAAAAAAGUUAACAACUUGGAAAUAGUUCUCCCCACCACAGAGAACAGGAGUAUAUGUUCCAUUCCUUUGUGUGUUGUUGAGGCAGGGUCUCCAUGUCUUGGAGACUUGAAGCUCGAGAUGUAAACCAGGCUGACCUUCAAAAAUACCUUAACAAAGCUAGGAAUAAAAAGCCUGCCUUUUACUAGGCGGCUAUAACUUCAGAUAACUCUGUAAACCUGCCUAAGUCUGCUUUCUCUCUCUCUCUCUUUUUUAAAAAGAUUUAUUUAUUUGUUAUAUGUAAGUACACUGUAGCUGUCUUCAGACACUCCAGAAGAGGAAGUCAGAUCUCGUUAUGGAUGGUUGUGAGCCACCAUGUGGUUGCUGGGAUUUGAACUUAGGACCUUAGGAAGAGCAGUUGGUGCUGUUACUUACUGAGCCAUCUCACCAGACACCCUGCUUUCUCUUAUACAAUGGGAAUAGUUUCUUUCUUGUAGAGUUAUUGUAAGUCAGUAAAAUAAAAUAAUAAUCAACAGCAUGAGUGCUGGUGUGUCACCAACAACACAUUUGUGUGAUUGGUGUACAGUCUUGAAUCCUGGAAGCAGUCUCAGUACAAGGUGUUAACCUGAUGGGAAAAUCAUAGAUGGGACAGAAUUUCAGCUCUAAAGUGAGACUGAGUCUAACUUCCAUUCAUGUAACAUGUAGUUGAGCCACAACCCUGCUUGACAGUUUGGUUGGAGGACCAAAAAGCUGCCUGAGAAAAGAGCUACAGAGAGUUGUCUCUGCAUUUUUGGAGCCUCUUCCAAAAAGAAGUCUUAAACACAACUUGGCAGACAGAAGAAAUAGUUUGGCUUUUUAAAAUGAACAGCAGAAGGAUGAAAUAUAGCAACGUUGAUGUGUAGGAGGCUUGCAAUAAUUAGAAAAUAUGGUUUAGUUAACCUAUUCCUCAAAGAUACAUUUGUUAUAUGCUGAGAUAAAUUCAUUUCUAGCCUCACCUGGCAUGUAGCCUGUUUUCUGUUUCUCUGCAACAGUUGCUGCUUAGCCUCUGCCUCUGCCUGUUGAGUAAAGAGCUGAGAAGUAAAUGCCCUGCUGCAAAGCUCCUGUCUCAGGCAGCAUGGGGAUUUUGUUUUUGAGUGCAUUGACUGUCUGCACUUAUUUCAUGAGAACUACUUGUAUAGUGUGUGUGUGUGUGUGUGUAUGUGUGUGUGUGUGUGUGUGUGUGUGUGUGUGUGUGUGUGGUUUUUUGUUUUUGUUUUUUGUUUUUUGUUUUGCUUUGGCGAAAUGUAGAUUUUCAUGUUCCUUCCCCCAACUAUCUAGAGAGGGAGAUUGUUGGUAAAAAAAGAAAUUUAAAACUUGAUUAAAUUUUUAGAGUAAAAACAAUACUGUGUUAGUUUUCUGUUCUGAAUGCUUUGGAUAUAACCAAUCUUGCUCAUAUCCAUAUUUCAGAUAAACAAAAAGUAAAUGUUUAAAUAUCCUCAUUCUGCAUUGUUUAAAGUAAGGCAGAUCUGAAGUUGCUUCAUGUAGAACCCUGUCCCAGUUCCAGAAAAAAAAAAGAGAAUUCAUGAGUUCAUGUUAUAAACUAAUUUAAUUUCAGUGUCAUUCAUAUGCGCGCACAUACACACACACACACACACACACCCCACAUACCCCACAUAUUGUGUUAAGGAUUUGCAUCAGAGUUCAUCCCAGCUUCCUUGCAACACCAUUUUGGAAUUUAGACAAAAAUUCUAACUCAACUGGCUAAUAUGUUUGUAGCCAUCCCUUUAGCUAAAUUCCACAUGUUGUGAUAUACUCUGCCCUUUUUUGUGUUUCAUUUCAGGUAUUUUUUUUUUUAAUUUUCAUGUCAAUUUUUUGAUACUUUAGGUCCUUAUUUUGAGGGCACAAGUUUUUAAGGAUAGAGUAUACUUCCUGUAGUAAGCCAGUAGAAUUUUUAUCCAUCUUUGGUUUUCCCACAGUGGGCCAAGUCGCCAGAAUUCCAGUGUAUAUUUGCUGAUUGGUUGAUUGGGACUCUUGUUGGCUCUCUCUCUGCUGCUCUGCUACAUGACUGGCCUUACUUUUUGGAACCAAAUAACAGCCAUCAAUUCUGUCUCUAGACCACACCCCAUCUCCUAACAGAGCUUGUGAAAAGCUCCUCCUUAGUUUGUUCUGUUAUUAUUUUGGAUUUUGUAAGGUUUUGCCACUGGAAAUGUGGUUAGUCUAAAUUGAGAUUCUAUUAUUAAAAUUAGUCUCAGCUGUUUCUUUUUACCAUAACACAACUGACUAAAAAUUUUAAACAUGUGGCUUACAAGGUAUCUAUAUUGAAUAUCUCUGUUUUAGGCUUAAUAGUGUUAGGCUACAAUCAGUGUUAUAAGUAGGAGACAGCUUUCCCUUUAGCCUCUGCUCUCAACUCUGGAGAAGCAGGGUUCAGAUUACAUCCCUUAGAGUCCCAGCUUGAGAUCUGAAUCAGUGAUGUUAAUGCUUCCUACAGAAGCCAAGCGUGACAUUGAACUCAUCAUUGAACUCAUCAGGCCUUAGAGUUCUGUGGAAGUACUAAGUGAGGCCUCCUUCACUUGGCCUUAUGUGGAUUGAGUUAGAAUUCUAAAAGUUGUGGGUUGCUUUGAAGGACUAAGAAAGUAGAGUCAGAUAGACUGCAAAAGGGUAAAACACUGUCGAGUCCCCUCCACCCCAUCUGUUUCCUGCUCCUAGAGGCCUUUAUACUUCUCAGUGGCCAGUCAAGAACUGAGAGUUUAUACAAGAGACCAGAAGUGUCAUUCUUUUUUGCCCCUUCCCUUUAUUAUGAGUUUGCUUAAGCUAGACUGUACGCUUCUUGAGGACAAGGGCAAAGAACUUGUAAGCUUUAUACUAUUUGUAAGGUUCAACAACAACAUCAAUAGGAAAACCAGCCAACCAAGCUGGAGAGGUUGCUGAGUUGUAAUAUGCUUGCUAUGCAAUCAUGAGGACUCGAUUUCAAGCCCCAGUGUUCAUGUAAAGACCCCAUGGGAUACUUCCUUUAAGUUGUUGGUCAGAGGAAUGCACCACCCCACACACAAACAGUUGAAGCUAUUAUCACUGUUCUUGGUUACCCACCAGAACUUGAUGGUACAACCCUGAUGUGGAAAACGUGACAUACUUGGGUCACAGAACAUGGAGAAAUCAAGGUGGUACUAAUCUGGAAGCUUCCUCCCUACUGGCUACCUUUUAUAAUGUCAGGGUGCUAUACAGGUUGACAGGAGGAAAAUCAUCAACAAUCUUAUCUAGAGAGCUAUCCUAAUGAUUGGCCUGGCAAGAUUGAGGACUGAGGGGAGGGGGGUAAUCAACCACUUUAAGACCCACUCCAUAGGACAUAGCUCGUGCCCUCAUACUGUAAUCAUGGGAGGUCAUAGGCCCUGGAGGAAAAUCUACUACUAUUAUUACUGAAUGGAUGUCGUAUCUACUUGUUUCUAAAUACACCUUUAUACUCAUAGAUUAGUACCUCUCUCAACCCUCAUCAGAAAAACUUUUUGCAGUGCAUAAUGGUUAAGACAGAGACACAUAACAGCGCCAAAUGCAGAGAAUAAAUGACUGUGGAUAUCUGUGCCAUACCUCCUCCCCUCAGGGCUCAGGGAACAUUGCAGAGAGGGGCUCAGAAGGAUUUCAAGAGGCAGAGAUUGGGGAAGACUGCUGCCAGUGUCUUCUGGACAUGAUAGGGUUGUUCUCGUGAAUUCACAGUGGCUCUGGUUUCUUGCACAAGAUCUGGACAAAACCAAGCCACUCAGGAUUUUGGCAUGGAUAAGAGGGGUUCCCACAUGUACCUGAGGAGCUAUUGAUAGUUGGUGACUUUUCUUCAAGGAUGUGGUCUGAGAGGCUACCCAGGCUCCAGUAAGUAGAUGGUCCUGUAAGGCAGCACUAAUUCGACUUAUUGUGGUUUUUAGAAAAGGAGAGCAUGUGGGAGAGUGGGGAGAAUGUGAUCAAAAUACAUUCUGUGAUUAUAUAAGAUACCCAAGGAAUAAAUUUAAAAUAUAUGUGUAACACAAAAUAAGCCAUAUGAAGUGUUUCAUACCUGUAGUGCCAGUGCUGAGAAGGCAGAGAUGGGUGACACUGAGGCUUACUGUCCAAGUUGAAAUUUAGCUCAAGGUUCAGUGAAAGAACUUGGCUCAAAAAAUAAAGGGGAAGAGGAUUGAAGAAAACUCACAGUAUUGACCUCUGUCCUGAGGCUAUACACAUAUAAAGUAGAAAGGAAAAAAACCCACCUAACCAUCACCAUUGAACUUUUUCCUGAUCUGGUACACGUACAUGUUUUAUUAUUUGUAUCACAGAGGAUUUGGGCAGCCUCACUUCAUUCAACCCCUUUGAAAAAUAAGAAGUAUCCUUUCCUCAAGUUCCUGUGCUGCCAUCUGUUGGAAAGUUAUUGUAAUAAAAGUGUACAUUAAUAGUGACUGGCAUAAAUGGUGCCUUUCUCCAGAGUUGCUCAGUGUACAACCUGUUUAACUGUACAAAGUAGUCCUAAGUCUUAGAGUACUCUACCCAGAUCCACCAGUGAAAUUAGGAAUUUAAGGUUUGAACAGAUUUCAGACUGUGAGACUGUGUGCCUUGGAAAACUAGAUACUUUGCUAAAGACUGAACACUCAACUCUCAAUAAUCUUAAGAAGUAAGGACUGUUACAAUCCCAGUUUUAAGACAAGCAAGUGACAGGGGCAUAGAGCAGUUAAGUAACUGAUUUGGAUCUGAACAGUCUCAGGAGCUGGGGUUAUUAACCCCAGCAUGCUUUUCUGUGCUUGUUUGUAAGCACCAUCUGAGACUUGGUGUUUAGCCUUCCAUCAAGAGAUCUCAGACCUUGGGUUCUUUGGAUGGAUCUGUAGGUGUAGGGUUUUUGUUUUGUUUUUUAGUUUAGCAUUUGGGAAGUAUUAGAGCUUGCUUUGGGAGAAGGCUUAUUGGUGCCAUCUCUCUCCCAUAUCACUCGGUCCUUCUCCUAUAUCAUAGCUUUACAACUUCUCAACAUAGUAACCAGCCCAUACUGCUACCAACCAUGUGAUUGAAUAUGUUUUUCUGUUGCUGCUCUUUUUCCAACUGUCCGUCCUCCCCUCCCUCCCUCAUUCCUUCCUUCCCCCUUUCCUCCUCUCUUCCUAGGUUUAUUAACGCCCCUGGGAUUAGCUUCAAGGUGCCCUUCCUCCUCCCAGGGUGUUUCUGUCUCUAACCCUACCUCUUUUUGAACCUUAAUUGCUGUUCUCCCUCCAACAUCUUCUCUCAUUUUCUCUCCCAGUUAUUUUACUGAUUUAGAAGGAAAGUGCCUCAGGGCAGGGAUUGCCUUGUGUUGUGAAGCAGUCGGUAUCUGAAGUGCUCCAUAAAUUAGCAUCUGUAGAGUUUUGUACAUACUAAUUAGUAUUAUUGAAACACAGAAAAAUGCUUUCUGGAGCCUGAGGAAGCAUCCUUGGAUAUUAGUCUAAUUGCCUGAACAUGUUUUUUAAGAGGAAGAAGAAAACAUCUCUUCCUGCCUGAGAGCCACAGGACGACUCAGUACAGCAGCCUGAAGCCCCAGCUCCUCCUGAGCUCUUAUUUCAGUGUUUUUGUUUUUAUUCAGAGGACCAGGUUUCAAGACAACAAAAUGAAGUCCCAUUCAUUGGUCAUGUGGAUCCAUUAGGUUGUUGAUAAUAGAGGAGUCAUUUCGUAACCUGAAGUACCUGCCUUGAGUUGGCUUUAGCCAGAAUUCUGUUGUCUCCUUAGUAUAUGUAUGGUAAAAGGCAAUGGGAUUCAUUUAUGGAGGCAGAAGUUGAAAGCAGACUUAUGGUAUGCUUGUAUUUACUGCCAGAAUGAACUAACAUUUUUAUUAGCAUUUCAUGAUACAAAUGGAGCUUUUAAGACAUGUUGGGUUUUAAUUUGUAUGUCAAAAAGAGUCAUUUAUAGGACUAUUGAUCCAAUGCUUGCUUUGAGAGUCUACAUAGAAGUGUGAUCAGGAAGAGUGACUAGCGAGACACUUUCUAUCUGAAUAAUUUGCUUUAACAUUAUUACGUCAGCUGGGUGUGGUAACACAUGCUGCAAUUCAGCUGUGCAAGUACUGGUAUAUUCAGGACAGAACCUGUGUUAGCUGUUCACCUUCAUUUUCUAUAGUAGACUUGUCAUCCCAAAAUCUUUAAGGCAAAUUGCUUUUGCUGUCUGCAGGCUUAAGGAAAGGAGGCAUGCCUCCUGUGUCACGUUGACAGUGCUUUUUUUUUUUUUUUUUUAAACAACUGAUAGUAAUGGUCUCUUCAUAAGAAUAACUUGGGGAAAGACUAGUAUAGCUGUCUCAGGAAACAAGCUCAGCUCCUUUUAAACUGACUAACUCACUGGAGACAAGACUGCUUCCAAGUUACAUGGAGGCACAAUGCUGCUUUGGAAGCUCUUGGGCACUUUAGGCUGUUAAAAAGAAGGCUCAUGCUAGGUGUGGUGGCACACACCUUUAAUCCCAGCACUUGGGAGGCAGAGGCAGGCGGAUUUCUGAGUUCGAGGCCAGCCUGGUCUACAAAGUGAAUUCCAGGACAGCCAGGGCUAUACAGAGAAACCCUGUCUCGAAAAACC